AUGCCGCGCAUCAUCUCCGAGACCAACCUCCAAUCCAUCUUCAAGAGCCUUGGCAGUGUCGAGAGGGUAGUGGACGACUACUUCACGAGCGAGGGUUCCUUUCGGAGCAAAUAUACAACGGCAUGGAAUGAUUCGGCAUUCUCUGGCGAUCGAGAUGAUUCACAGAACGGACAAGAAUUUGCAUAUAACAUUCAAGGCCCCGAUCAGGGUCCCACGUCUCGCCGAAAUUCAGAAGAAGGCGCUCAGCAAUUUCCUCGACCGCCCUCGCGCACGAACAACACCACACCAUUGAACGGCCUGACAGACUACGCUGCCCAGAAUGCAGGCGUCCAGCCAUCGCUCGCACAGCAAGAAGAGGACAACCUACAGCGGGCGAUAGAGGCGUCGCGCCGGGACGUGGCUGGGCUGCCUGAGCUGGACUACCAGGACCAACAAGAGGCCGGUGUUCUAGGCGCAGACGGAACGGCACAACCCCAAUUCGGACCAGCCACCCGGCCUCACUAUGAUUUAGAGUCCUGGAGUUUAGUUCAGUUGUCGGAUCACGCGGUCCCGGCCUCGCAGCGGAAGCGCCAGCCAGAAGCACCCGCGUUCAUUCGAGGCGGUGUGCUUGGGGGGUACUUGACGAUUCUUCACUCGAUACCCACGGCGCGCAACUUGCUCUUGAAGAAAGGCGAGGAGCCGCAGACUUGCGCGCAUUACCCUCAAUGGUGGAACGGUCAAUGGGAGAAUUCGAGUCCUGUUGAAGAUUUUAAAGAAUGUGACGUGGAUAGUCCUUCUUUCAUCGAGAUAGAACUCGAAUUGAAGCGCUUGAUGGCCUUCCUGGACGACACGGAGCGGAGCUAUGCCAGCUGUGAGAAAAUUUCCGAGCAUCUGGGAUCUGCAGUUUUCGGGGAGUUUAACUCAGUUACCGAGAGCUUCAAUUCCUACCUCAACUGGGGCAAUGAAGACACUGAUAUCAAGGAGAAGUUUUGCUCGACGAUUGAGUCGAGAUUGCCUGACGGAGAAGUUCUGGGAAGGUCUAAGUGGUCAUCACUGGUGGCCAGGAACGUGAGAGACGAUAGCCUCAGCCUGUCUACUUUGUAUGAGCUCAUCGAUACGAUACUCUGGGAGAAUUUGUAUGAGAACGACCGGCGUGGGGUCACGUCUGUUUUGGCCGAGACGGCCGACGUGUUCACCAUUUCGGUCAACUCUGAUACAAAUGCAGGGAUUGUCCAGAUUCCCGAAGAGUUUUACCCUGAGAGGUGGCUUGACAGCCGCUUUGAAGAGGCUCUAAAGAUCCAGAAAGGCUUACGAGGCGCACGAAAGAGCUAUCUGGAAGCAUCGAAAGCGAGAAUGAACCUUCCGACAUUCCAUGACCCCGUGGCGGGGACCCGAGUACGAAAGAGAGAAUACCUCGAGAAGACGGAGGGGCGGCUUCAAGCAUACAAAGAUUAUGUUGAGGGACGGGCGCGCUUUCGGACUGUCGCCAACUCGGACUACGAAGUUGAUCGAUAUCCCGACUAUCGCCUAGCCGAGUUCGAGCUUACAGCUGAGGAGACAACCUUACAUGAUAGAGUGGCAAGGGCGGCUGAGUAUUGCAAAUCUGCCGUGGAGCAUCAUGGGAGCCAAACGACCGCGGCCAAUUUGGAGCUCGAGAGGAUCCGGGCCAAGCAGAAGUUCCUCGGGCGUCUCUUGACUGAACCGAACAAACUAGGCCGACCAAAACCGAUGACCUGCAAGAAGUACACCUUACGAGGCAUCGCCACGGAUGAUGCUGUGUACCUGCGUAAAGAGGCAGAUGGCGACCUGAUCGAGCUGGACGAUGUUCAGCCAACAACGGAGAGUCAGUGGUGGCGGCUAGCGCAUGAUGCUAGGAGCAACCCCUAUCCCGUCACGACCGAGUUACUAUCGUUUGACGAAAUGCACAGUCGAGUUUGGACAGACUCCAAGCAACCGAUGAUCGUAUAUUCGACGGACGAAACCACGAAGGAGCAUAGAGAGGCGUUGCCAGCGGCUCUUGGGCGCUUCAUCAAAGUCGACAACAAGGCCUUUCGCCAGGAAUUGCAGCAGGAGGAAACGAUGGAGCGGCAAGGUGAUAUGAUUACGAUGUUUGACUCCACGUCACCGAGCAAGCGCAAGCAUAGGGAAAGUAUAGAUUCGAUGGCUAGCAACCGACCUUCAGUAGGCGGUAGCGAACGCGAUCCAUUCGCCAGCGACUACUCAGAAGCGGACGAGCCAAGUCAGAAGCGGCGCUCGCCGCAUGACGAUGAAGCAUCACCGCCGCUUCCCCAGAGACCCGGGUCAGCACAGCCGAUGGAGCUUACAAUGCCAGUGAUUGAUGGCGUCGAACCAGCGGAGGAAGAACCCGUUACAGAGAUCCACGUCGAUGAGAAGACUAUACAGUCGACCAACUCCAAGCCGCCCGAGAUGCAGGAGAGGCAGCAACCCGGGACCGUUACUCAAUUCCUCAGCACUGACGGGGACAAGACGCCGGCUGGAGGGCAGCAAGAUCAGGUGCGAAUGGACCUACUUUGA